UCAAACCUGCGUCAGACUUCGUCGUGACUUUCCAUAGUAAUGUUUUGUUUUUUUUGUUUCGCCCCACAACACGGCUGAAACCACGUGAAAAUCAGAGGCGAGAGUGAGAGAAAGUCAUUUGGAGAGCAUCAUCCGGCAGGAGAAGCGAGACAAACGGACGCGAUCGGCCGAUUAAUCGCAGUUUUAAGCGAGGGAACUUGUGGCUGGCGUUGAGCUCCUGCGUCAGACUUUACGCACCGUGCGCUGUGCGCGGCUGGAGGCUUUCUGUUGAGUUCGCAUCUAGCAGCGCGUAUAGAGAUGCUGCAUGCAGAGACGGUGGCUGAAUGAACGCAGCACACAUUCACCCAGGAUUUAUGCAGCCACACCGACCCGAUCCGCAGACCGCAAAGAAGAUUUAGGAAAAGCACAACUUUCUCAUCCCGACACACUCCAACUUGGCUCCUCUUCUGCCGGACGUUCUCCUCUUCGUUCCCUGUCGUCAGCCUCCCCUCUGAAGGAGCUCCGUCGUUCCCAGCAGCCAUGCCAAAAAACACCAAGGUGACUCAGCGGGAGCACAGCAAUGAGCCGGUCACAGAGUCCGUGGCCGACCUGCUGUCCCUGGAGCACCCCAUGGACUAUAAGAGCAGUCAGAUGAGCAUGGGUCUGAGUCCCGGGUCCACCGCCCCAGGAAGGUCUCUGCUCCCCGAGCAGGACGCCGAGGACGGCCGGCCGGCGUGGAACAACAAGCUGGAGUACAUCCUCGCUCAGGUCGGCUUCUCGGUCGGCCUGGGGAACGUUUGGAGGUUUCCCUAUCUGUGCCAGAAGAACGGCGGAGGUGCGUACCUAGUGCCCUACUUCAUCCUCCUCCUCCUCAUCGGCAUCCCCUUGUUUUUCCUGGAGUUGGCAGUCGGUCAGCGGAUCAGGCGCGGCAGCAUCGGGGUGUGGAACUACGUUUACCCUCAGCUGGGGGGCAUCGGCGUUUCCAGCCUCAUGGUCUGCGGCUUUGUUGGCCUCUAUUAUAACGUCAUUAUCGGCUGGAGCAUCUUCUAUUUCUUCCAGUCGUUUCAGAAUCCGCUGCCAUGGGCCGAAUGCCCCAUCAGGAAGAACGGAACCCAAGCCAUUGUGGAGCCAGAAUGUGAGAAGAGCUCAGCCACCACCUACUUCUGGUACCGCCAGACUCUCAACAUCACCAGCACCAUUGAUGAAACCGGCGGCCUGAACUGGAAGAUGACCCUGUCCCUGCUGGUGGCUUGGAUCUUGGUCUGCCUGGCCGUCAUCAAGGGCAUCCAGUCGUCUGGGAAGGUGAUGUACUUCAGCUCGCUCUUCCCGUACGUGGUGCUCUUCUGCUUCCUGGUGCGAGGCUUGAUGCUGAAGGGCUCGGUGGACGGCAUCGCUCACAUGUUCACUCCCAAGCUGGAGAAGAUGUUGGAGCCGCAGGUGUGGAGGGAAGCAGCGACGCAGGUCUUCUUCGCCCUCGGCCUGGGCUUCGGAGGCGUCAUCGCGUUCUCCAGCUACAACAAGAGGGACAACAACUGCCACUUCGAUGCAGCUCUGGUUUCCAUCAUCAACUUCGUCACGUCCAUCUUGGCCACUUUGGUGGUGUUUGCUGUGCUGGGCUUCAAAGCCAACGUCAUGAAUGAGAAGUGUGUUGUCGAGAAUGCAGAGAAGAUUCUGGGUUUCCUGAACACAGGUGUGCUGAGUAGGGAGCUGAUUCCUCCUCACAUCAACUUUUCCCACCUGACAGCUGAGGAUUACUCAGAGAUGUACGGAGUCAUCAAGACGGUGAAGGAGGACAGCUUUGGCCAGCUGGGUCUGGACCCCUGCGUCCUGGAGGACGAACUCAAUAAGGCGGUUCAGGGGACCGGCCUGGCCUUCAUUGCCUUCACCGAGGCCAUGACACAUUUCCCCGCCAGCCCCUUCUGGUCUGUCAUGUUCUUCUUCAUGCUGAUCAACUUGGGUCUGGGAAGCAUGAUCGGAACCAUGACCGGCAUCACCACGCCCAUACUGGACGCCUUCAAGAUCCGGAAGGAGAUCCUGUGCGUGGUUUGCUGCAUAAUAGCCUUCCUGCUGGGCUUGCUGUUCGUGCAGCGUUCCGGGAACUACUUUGUCACCAUGUUUGAUGACUACUCCGCUGGUUUGCCCCUCACUGUGGUCGUGAUUCUGGAGAACAUCUCUGUAGCUUGGAUAUACGGCACUAAGAGAUUCAUGCAGGAUCUGGAGGAUAUGCUGGGUUUCAGACCGUACACCUUCUACUACUACAUGUGGAGAUACGUGUCCCCCGCCAUCCUGGUGGUGCUCAUUGCUGCAACCGUCAUAGAGAUGUCUGUCAGUCCUGCAGGAUACAACGCAUGGGUGGAGGAAGAGGGCUCAGAGCGCUUCCACAACUACCCUCCAUGGGCUCUAGCCAUGGCCUACUCCCUCAUUGUGGUCGCCAUGCUGCCUCUGCCCAUUGUCUUCAUCGCCCGCCACUUCAACUUGGUCUCCGACGGCUCCAACAAGCUGUCGGUCUCCUACCGUAAGGGCAUGAUGAAGGAUAUCUCCAACCUGGAGGAGCAGGAUGAGCAGCGCUUCAUCCUGGGCAAGAACCCCAGCGAGGCACCCUCCCCCAUGCCAGCCCACCGCGCUUAUCUUGGGCCCGGUGGCACCCAAGAGAUGACCAACACCAACUACGGCACCAGCACCAAGACUGGAUACCAGAACAUUGGCUCGCCCGAGUCUGAGCUAUGAUCUAACGAGCUCCAACGUCCUCCCGCUUACAAACGAAGCCCUCUCAGCUAGAGGAGAGGGAGAUGGAGAAGGUGGAGAAAAUUUAGUUGCAGCAUUCCUCACACCUUAACCUCCAGAGAAUAAAAAAUAGAGAAGCACACAGAAAACGGCUUGUGAUAUGG